UGGGACGGAAUUAAAUUAGCAAGAUGGCGGCGAUAUUUUACUCUCGUCUUUGUAUAAGAAACAGUGGUCGUUUAGCGAGUUCACUUGCACGGCCUGCUUUUGCUUCCUCGCCUAAUUCUUGCUCACCGAGAGUUCAAAGUGUGGUUUUCAAAAAGACAGUGCAUUCCUCGGCAAAUCGCAAAGCUGAGCUUGAAAUUUCCCCAUCACAGCCAUCAGCCCAUUGGAAGGGAGAGCGCUAUGUCAGUGUGGCACUGCUGACAUUGAUUCCUGCAGGAAUCAUUUACCCAUCAGCUGUUGUGGACUGGGCUCUAGCAGUUGUUGUUCCUCUUCAUAACCACUGGGGUGUAGGCCAAGUGUUAACUGACUACAUUCAUGGUUCAUCUAUGCCAAAAGUGGCCAAGGGAAUUUGGCUGGCUGUGUCAAUCUUACAGUUUAUUGGCCUGUGUUAUUUCAAUUAUGCUGAUGUUGGAAUCUGCAAAGCUGUCAGUAUGAUUUGGCAUAUGUAACAACUGAUAUAGAUUGUAAAGUUUGGAUUAAUGUCAGUAUCUAAGCAACUGAACACCUACCCCUCCGUAACCCAAUAUUAACCCUAACUUUUCAUCAGUUGACUGUUUAAGGUUAUAGGGGAGGGGUAGGUACACAGGUUCUCAGUUACAGACAUUGAUCCUAAAGUUGAAUAUUUUUUCAUUUGAUCUGAUAUGGAUGACAUGGUUGAAUUUCAUGUUCAUGGACACCCUUCCUUUUAGGAAGGGUAUUUACAUAAAUAAGUUGUUAAAGUGCUGUUAUGGUCACAUCUUAUGGUGAUCCACUACUUACCAAGGUCUGUAUCAGAUUAUCAAAAUCCAGAAUUGUACAAUACUUUUCUUUGUAACUAACAGCAGUCUAGGAGGAUUUGAGGGAGUUCAUCAAGCUUUAAAGAUGGGAAAUUCUUCAGCUUCUAUGGAGAAUUCUCUGGCGAAAUUGUGAUGGCCUAAGCUAGUUUUUAUUCAGACUUGGAGAUCUUAUUACCCUUUUAAAGCCUAAGAAUGACCAGCAUCUUAUUUCUCCUUACAGUCAUACAGAGAUAACUGUAAGCAUUGACUGAUUAGUCUGUUUGUGACAAUCAAGUUUUAUUCAAAGCCAGAUGGCUGUUUUUUUUUAUGCAAUGAUACUUAAAGUCAAUCAAAGUCAUAACUACUGACUGUAAGAUGCUGACCAAGAUCCUUCAUCUCUAUCGCAAAAAUAGUUCUAAAAAGUCAUCUCUAUAUUGCGGUAUUAGCCAGAAAAUGCAUUCUCUAUGGCUUUAGGUCUUGUUACAGCCCAUAAUAUUCACACAUGAUUAGCACAGGCAAGUUGAGAAUUGAUAGCUUUUUUUUACAGCUGGAGCUUUCCAUAGUUAUUGAAUUUUCAGUAUGCUUAAAUAAGUAACUCAGAGCAGCAAAAUAAGGAGUGAUUAAUAUUGGGGUGCAGCAAUAUUUAACAGAAAUUAAUAAAUUCUGUAGUUUUGUUGUAA